AUGGCGGAUACCGAGAUCAAGAAGAAGCGUACCUUCAGGAAGUUCACCUACAGAGGAGUGGACCUGGACCAGCUCCUGGACAUGUCCUAUGAGCAGCUCAUGCAGCUGUACUGCGCCCGUCAGAGGAGGAGGUUGAACCGCGGUCUUCGCCGCAAGCAGCAGUCUCUCCUGAAGCGUCUGCGAAAGGCCAAGAAAGAGGCGCCCCCCAUGGAGAAACCAGAGGUGGUAAAGACCCACCUGCGGGACAUGGUCAUCCUGCCUGAGAUGGUCGGAUCCAUGGUUGGCGUUUAUAACGGAAAGACAUUCAACCAGGUUGAAAUCAAGCCUGAGAUGUGUGGCCAUUACCUGGGAGAGUUCUCCAUCACAUACAAACCUGUGAAGCACGGCCGCCCUGGUAUCGGAGCUACGCACUCUUCUCGGUUCAUCCCUCUGAAGUAG